ACCCUGAACCCUGGUAUGUCGUCAAAGAGCAAAAAAAAGCAAACACAGACACAGCAACAAGAAACAAUAACAGGAGGAGGAGAAGGAGGAGGGAACAGGUUCCUAGGUGUGAGACGGAGGCCUUGGGGAAGAUAUGCAGCAGAGAUAAGAGACCCCACCACCAAAGAAAGGCAUUGGCUGGGGACAUUCGACACUGCAGAGGAGGCCGCCCUUGCCUACGACAGAGCCGCCCGAUCCAAGCGGGGCUCUCGCUCUCGAACCAACUUUGUCUACUCUAACAUGCCCCCUGGCUCUUCUGUAACCUCCAUCAUCUCCCCAGACGAACCCAUCAUCCCUAUCCUCAACCCUCCUCUUUACCCUUUAGCAGUAGCAGACUUCUCUUCUUUCCAUGUCCCACCACCACCUCCUCCUCCUCGUCCCCAACAACAAGACCCUUCUUCAAUCCAGCUCCUCUUCUUUCCCCAGAAUUCUACUCCCGAAAUCCAAUGCCAUUUCUCCGGUGGAAUGUCUGCUGGUGGUGGGGACGCAUGGGCUUCUUCCCGAUCGGGUGUUGUUUAUCAUCAUCAUCAGCAGCAACAACAUCAAAACCAGCAACCGAUCCUUGGCUAUGGUAGUGGUAGUGGCAGUGGUGGUGGCGGCCUGUCCCACCAAUUCCAUGAUGGGCCUUCGAAGGAGCUUCCUCCUUUGCCUCCUCAAAUUUCGGUUUCGCACAUGGCGGAUUCGGGUUAUGGGGUCUGGAGUGACCCACCACCACCGACCACCCUUCUUGGUUUCCCGGAGCAGACUACAAUCACAUACCCAGAGGAAAUCGGGUCAUACCUGGGUUUCGAUUCGAACCAGUACGUACACAGCCCGCUUUUCGGUCAGAUGCCACCUGCUUCUGAUACAGAUGCUUUUGAACAUUUGGACUUGGGCGGUUCCACAUAUUUCCUAUUGAUUCAAUUACAUACUCAUAUAGCAUUUUCUAUGUAAGUAAUUGAAAAAUUCACAAAUUGAGCUGGUCAAGUACAAUCUGAUAGGUUUAGUUUGAUUUUUUUAAUUUGUGGUUUGGAAUUAGCUUGAAAAAUUAACAAUUUGUGCCAUUUUGAGAACAUGGUAAAAAGCCACGUUUUUUGCUGCC